AUGACCGCCCCUACACGGCAAUUUCACAGGCUGUCCAUCGGUCGAAAUAUGCCUGAUCAGACGGCCCUGCCUACCCACGCGGGGCGGCCGGACCCUUCCGACGACAGUGACCCUGAUCAGAGUGAUUCUUCGGUGGAGAGUUCUAGCGGCGAGGGUGAAGGGGACGAGGACGAAGAAGAAUCCGAAUCGACCAGCACUUCGAUCUUGGCCCCCUCUGGUAUCACCUAUGACCUGAGUCACUUGGACUCCGAGUCUGAAGCCAGGGCUCUCGUGGGCUUGACCGGCAGCUUCGACGUGAUCAACUGUCGUAACACCUCCGCCGGUUAUGAUUUCGAGCUCCUCGAUCGCCCACGGGUACAUCUGGGCUCGGACCCGUCUACUUGUACUUGCUCAGUCUUUCAGAGCCACCCGGACGUGGCGUGCCAGCACAUUUUUUGGCUCGUCGACCAACUUCAUGGCUGCUUCGUCCGCGAGCGUCAAACGAGGGAGGUGGCACUGGCUCCAGACGGACGCCCGGCAGAUCUGCCGCGGUUGGAGGGUCUCUUGGAGGGCAAUCUGGAGGCAGUUGCCACACAGCUCAGGUGGCAGUACCUACAGGAGGAAAGUGACGGCUCAGGUAGAGGGAUGACACGAACUGAAAAGGUCCGAGACAUCUUCUCUGCGUUCAGCAAACAGACCCUUCCUGAAGAGUUCCGGCAAGACUUGAACGAGACGACCGAGCAAGCAAGGACCGCAGAGCAAUGUGUUGUUCAGGGAGACUUUGAUGCCACGAUCUUUCGACUAGCAGUGCACGACGACGCGGUUUUUGAGAGCCUGAAGAAGGUAAUGCCGCCAGGCGCCUGUGCAGCCAUCUACUUUGACAAAAUGCAAGCCCGGUCCCGUCGACUUCUGUCCGACUUCGAUCAAUACUGCUCAACGGAGACUCCACACAGAGACCCUACAAGCCAGGAUGGAUACAUGGAUGUGAACGAGGUCGCGUUGCAACUGCAGCGCUCGGUCUCUAGGAUCGCGGAAAACAUCGCACUUCGGAGUCCUCAUGGAACUGAGGGCGCCGGCGAGACACUUGUGUCACUGCUAGAGUGGGUCGUGGCUCGCAACAAUGAUCCCCUGGAACACAAUCGCUUCCGCGACUCCUUCAACGGCGAAGACGAAGACCAGCGCAAUCUCUAUCAUUUGCUUAUAGGUUCGAUCGAGACCGAUUCUGAAACAGACGCGCGGCACUUUGUGCUUCACGCGCUAAAUGCACUGCCGCCGUUGGACCUCUACCAAUUCGACCAACGGCUACACGACAUUCUUCGCAAGCUCGAGGUCAACCGUGCUCCAAAGCAAUAUCUCAUCAAUCUUGCUAAUUUGAUACGAUCUGCCAAUUCAGCUGCCGCGAUGGGAUCCGGACAAAAACGGCCAGCAGCUGGCAAUGGGAACUCAGGGGGCUACUCGAAGCGCACCCGCUGA